AUGAAAAGGAGUCUAGCUGACACUUCAACUCGCAGCACAGCAGGUUGUCUGCCUGUACCUCUGUUCAAUCAGAAGAAAAGAAAUAGACAACCCAUCACUUCAAAUCCACUUAAAAAUGAGCCAGGUACCAGUUCUGGGACUCGUACUUACGACUUUUCUCCCACAUCAUUAGGCUGGGGAACUGCAAACCCAGAAGUGACUGAACUACAGAAAGCAGCCAACAAUGGGACUAAAGUUUGGAACAGAAAUGAGUAUACUCCUUUAAGUAACACAACAGAUUCAAGAUCUGAUAGUGGAAUUAUUCGAAAGUUUGAGAGCUUUUCAAAUAGUUUGAAAACUGUUCAGCAGCAAAAAAACCCUGAUAACCGUAAUUCAUCUCAGCAUAUCAAAAUAACAGAAACCAGCCAAACAUACAUAUCUAAAGGACAAUGGCCAGUGAAACCUAACACUGCUUCAAGAAGUCUGCAGGAUCAUAGUCUGGCAUAUAAGUUUAACCACAAUAUUCAGCAAAAUAAAAUGAAUGAAAAACAAUAUGGUUGUAUUCCAGAAGGCAAAAGUCAGGAAGUUUCAUCAUCUCAAUUAAAAAGUAAAGAAAAAAAGAAUUCUUUGCGAAUCAUAUCUGCAGUCAUUGAAAGUAUGAGGCACUGGAGUCAAUACGCUUAUAAAACUGCACUAUUAUUUGAAGUUUUAGGCACACUUGAUUCUGCAGUCACACCUGGAGCAUAUGGGGCAAAGAAUUUUCUCUUGAGAGAUGGAAAGGAGAGUCUGCCUUGUGUAUUUUAUGAAAUUGACCGGGAGCUUCCAAGACUAAUUAGAGGUCGAGUGCACAGGUGCAUGGGAAAUUAUGACGCAAAAAGGAACAUUUUCAAGUGCGUCUCUGUAAGACCAGCAACUAUUCAAGAACAAAACACUUUCCAAGAAUUUGUUAAAAUUUCAGAUGUUGAGAUGACAGCAUAUGUAAAAACAAUCAAUGAAAUUUAA